AUGCCCGCAACGACCGCAGCAGGUGCCCCCCCCUCUGUCGAGCCGCCAGCAACUGCUCCGCCACGACCCUCCGUUUCAUCACCCAGCAAACGGACCUACCGCGCCAGUCCGACCGCUAGCCCAAAGGCAGGGGGUGAUGCAGAGGCUGUGAGCCCGCGGGUGCUUCGAACGAGGCUGUCGAAUGUGGCGGAAGAGGUCGCGAUCGAACUGAGGUUGAAGGGCGGCCGGGAUUGCGAGUCUCGCAGUCCUGCACAGGCAGACGUCGACGUCGACUCGAUCAUCCCGAGUACACCUCCGGAGGCGGCGCUCGAAGCGCUCGUGGGGCUUGGAGUUGCGAUCCCGGGCGGCGAACGACUUGCUGGCCUCGACAGGGACGACCUCGAGGUGCACGACGGGUCGACGCAGAUGGCGACGGCCGAGAGGCAGAUGCAGGAGUACGAGGACAUGUCGGGAGGUCCGUUGCAUUGGACGUUUGCGCGGAUGUGCUCCCAGCAUGUCUACAGCGAGUACAACAAGCUCAAGCAGACGAUCGCUGCUGCAGCCGAGGCGCCUCCCACCAGCGAAGCAGGCUUCGCCAGCCAGUCCACGCCGACGACCCUUGCGACCUCUGCACGACCAGAAGCUGCAGCAGCCGCCGGCGGUGCCAGCGCGACGUCGAGCAUCACGAACAUUGCGCAAGCGGUCGAUGAGCCCGCUCCCGCUCCCGCUCUCGCACAGCCGGCUCAGCACGCACGACCUGGCAGCACGCCAGCCAAGCUUGCGAUCUCCUCUGCACAGACGAGCCUCACGCCGUCUCUCGCAACCUUCAACUUUGCCUCGACCUCGACUCCGGCUUUGUCGACGUCUGGUACUGCCCCUUCCUCGCCGACUCGAGCCGCCUCGACAGACAGUCAAGUCGCUGAAAGCCUGCUCGAAGACCUCGCUGCAGGCGAGCCGGUCUCGGUCCAGCAGUCUGCGUCAAGCGUCGUCAUCUCCGAGACGAUCCCAUCCGCCGACGCAGGUCUUGUCGUCGACGAGCCGCCUCCCAUUCCAGGUCUCUUGCCGGGCAUGAAGGUGAUUAACGGCGUGCCCGUCAAGACGAGCGUCAGCCACCCUAUCAACAUCUCGCCCCUUGUCCCGCCCGAACUCGUCCCGCACCUCUCGAGUCAGCUCAUGCGCCUCGGCUUGACCGAUGACCACGACGAUGCUCCAACUCCCUCUCAGUCUAGCCACCUGGUCCGACCUUCGGCGCGGACCGACCUCCUCACGCUGUGCGCGACGCUCAGGACGGACCCGUUCGCCUUUCCCUACAAGCAAGCCGGCGCGCCCUCGCUCGGAAACUUCGUCCUCUCCUCCUGCCCCGGCAAGAAAGUUCGCAUGAACGGUGAGCCGCUGCGCAACGGCCGCGGCGCGAUCUGCCGCGACGUCCUCCUCGACCUCCGCCGCGCCCGAGACGAGUACGGCGUCGGCCUCGUCGUCUGCUGCAUCGACGACCGCGAGCUCGCCUUCCUCGGCGUGCCGUGGGAGGAGUACCACGCUUCGGCUCGCCUGCUCGGACUCGAGGUCAUCCGUAUCCCGAUGGUCGAGGGUUUCGCGCCCGACAGUCCCGAGUCGCUCGACGCCCACCUCGCACGCAUCGUUCGCGACUACACGCUCCGAGGCAAGUCGGUCCUUGCGCACUGUCGAGGCGGGAUCGGACGGGCGGGCCUCGUUGCGUCUUGUUGGAUGCUCAAGAUGGGCCUGGUUGCUGGACAAUCGGCCCUUCCUGGAGGCGACUCGCGGGACGUGCCGUUCGAGGAAGAGGACCCGAUGGGUAUCGUCGAGCGGGUUGUCGAGCUCAUCCGCAGGAGGCGCAGCAUCAAAGCCAUCGAGACGCCUUAUCAAGUACACUUCCUCUUCCAGUAUGUCGCCUUCCUGCAGCAGGAGCACGCCGCUGCCGCCGCCGCCAGCCGCAACACUCCACCCUCCUAG